UAUAUAUACAGCACACCCACACAGCAAACCCUAAUUUCUUCAAAAUCAAAAUUCGCUUCAAAAUUACCCCCAAUUUCUUCAACCUUUUUGUUACUUUACGCAUACACAAAACCCUAAAUUCGUUCGAUUUUCAUAAUACAAGAUCUCAAGAUGAUUGCUGGAGCAGCAGAUAUGAUGUGCGAUCAAUUCAAUUUAGGUCUUUUAAAACUCGCCGCCGUUUCACCGGAAUCCGCAUCGGUUUCGAUCUCGAUCUCUGAGAAUUUGGCUGUAAGCUGCUCUGUGAAUAUCAAGAGUAAUACUGUUGUGGAGUCUACCGCAAGGAGUUUGAGUCCAACGAACAUCAGGUCAGGAAGUCAUACGGACAUUGGACCACGCAGAUCAAACGAAGACCAGCAUAUCAUGAUCGAUGAUCUGUCAAAGCAUCUGGGCGAUGCUUACAAGUGGGGUCUCGCGAGUUCCUUCUAUGCUUUAUUUGAUGGUCAUAAUGGGUCGGAGGCAGCAUCUUAUGUUAAAGAACAUGCCAUGAGGUUAUUCUUUGAGGAUUCGGAUCUACCACAAGCAGCACCAACUGGUGCUUCAGAUGCAGAUGUUUUGUUCUUAAAACAAGUGGAAGAGUCUCAUAACAAAGCGUUUUUACAGGCUGACUUAGCCUUAGCGGACGAAUGCAGUGUGAGCGAUUAUUGUGGAACGACAGCUUUAACUGUUUUGAUCAUGGGAAGACAUAUAAUAAUAGCCAAUGCUGGCGAUUCUCGUGCGGUCCUAUGUAGGAACGGGUCUGCAACACAGAUGACUGACGACCACAGGGGGUCGACUUGUUUACAAGAAAAGGAAAGAUGUGAGCGGUUAGGUGGUUACUUCGAUGAAGACGGGUACCUGAAUGGUCAACUGAGUGUGACGCGUGCGCUUGGAGACUGGCACAUGAAGAAGGAGAAGUUGGUGAUUGCUGAACCAGAUGUGAGACAAAUGGUGUUGACCGAUAAUGAUGAGUUCAUGAUCAUUGCAUGUGAUGGGAUAUGGGAUGUCAUGUCAAACCAAGAAGCAGUGGCUCUUGUUCGGUGUCAGUUAAGGCAGCAUAAUGAUCCUCAACGCUGUGCUAAAGAGCUCAUUGCUCAAGCUGCACGCCUUCAUUCCGCUGAUAAUCUCACUGCUAUUGUCGUUUGCUUCUCUUCUCCCACUGUUACUCCUGCUACUCAGGCUCGGUUUCCAAAUUCUAGACUCUUUAAGAAGAAACCCUUAAAUGUCUUGGUGUAAAACUUGAUCAAGUGGUCACUUAGAAGAGAUGUAAUAGAUUCGAUUCAUUUAUUGAAAAAAUUAGAGUAUAUUUUAUUCAACGGAAUUUUUGUAAGACACAUUAUAUGAUUAUAAAGGAAGGAAUUAAUUUUGUUUGUUUCAA